GACAACACUGCUCGCUGUCAGUGGCGCUCAAACGGUGGCGAGUACAUUUAGUUAUCUUGAAGUAUAAUUUUGCUCCAUUGGUCAUUGCUGUCCCAUUCUUGGUAUGCUAUGAAUGGUAUUCCCAAGACCUGAUUUCAAUAGUGAAUUGCGCUGAAAGGGAUCCAUGUCUUUCCUUGUAAGUCCAUUUCAAUUUCUACCAAUAAUUGAACUGAAGGCAUUUUAUUUGUUAACCAUAAUGGCCUUUGUGAAUCAUCAUCAUUCAUUGCUGUCGGGUGUUUAUUUUCCUGUGCAAAGUUCUGCUUACUCUUGCUUGAAUUGUCUUUCCUUUUCUCCCUGUUUGUCUGUUGAUAACCCGUCUGUCUGUCAGCGUUGGGUAUCUGAGAAAUUGAGUGUGGAGAGCCUGCGGGAUUUGGAGUUAUUUGGAGGUGAGGCCCAAAGCAAAACAGAAGACGGUAAAAAGCAAUUUAAGACAGCACAGCACAAUGCCACAUGGAAGCAGUCACCCUUUAAAUGUAGUCUCUGAACAUUUUAUACAUGUAUAUGUUGGAUGACUGUCAUCUGUCACUGAGGUAGUACCUAUACAGGUUGUACUUUUUACAGACGCCUGCACCCUGGACUAGGAAAAGCUUAACCUGGAGUAUGAUAAUUAGCCCCAUGGAGUAUAUUGGUGUAGCUUGUACCUUUUUUUUGGGGCAUAUUUCUGAAAAAUUGGUGGUUGGAUGCGUUUGGUGUGUGGCUUGUGGAUGUCCAGUCGGUGGCGGCAUCGUUCUCAUCUGACCAUGCUGAUCAUGUCGUUUCGGUUGCACACUAUUUGUUGCUUCAUCAUUUUCAGUACAUUUGUGUAUAACUUUGGGUGAAGGUGUUUGUGGUCAUCUUGAUGGACGAAGCUUUACCACAUCUUUAUUUUCUUUGCUGGCCAGUCAGGGUAGAAUGUUGCUUAGUUUUUGUUUUAGGUGUGUUGUGUUCCCAUCACCCUGAAGGCCCAGCUACUGAAAUUGACCCUUCUAUAAGCUUUGCUCAUAAAAAGGUUAAAUUCAAGCUGUAAAUGUACAGGCAAACAUUUUGUGGUGGAUCUAAUUUCAUGUGACAGUCCUGUGGUCCCCUCAAGGAACCUCAACAACGAGGCUCCUUCUCAUGUUUAGUGUGUGUUCAUGUUUUCAUGUCAUUGAUGUGGUUUUUCCUAUCCCAGAGCAAGCUCAGAGACUCGCUCACAGGAAAGUAAGUGUCCUGUCACCGCAUCAUCAUGCCCAAUGUUCCUUUUGUGAUUGUGCGUGCAUGCGUGUGCGUGUUAUAUGCGGAAGCAGUUGCUGGCCUCCAGGCGUCUGCGCCCUUUCUCGGUAUGCAUGAGUCUUCACGCCGUUUGUUGACAAUGUGCUCUGAAUUUCUUUUUUUUUCCCUUUUGUCCAUUCACUGAUAGGACGUUCAGACCCGGCACUAACAUGCAUUCCUGUUGAUCUGGCAUCUAGACCUCUUGGAUGUGGAUCUCUUUAGCGCAGGUGUACCGAAUCCUGUGUGUGGCCAGGGAGUACAGUUCCCCUGCUAAUGAGCUCCAAAGGAUGUAGACAAAAUGUGUGUUUGUGAUGGUAUCACAUAGGAUGCAUGUUAGUCACAGACGCGAUGACUUAAUGACGCAACCGCUGGCGAGCUCCCUGUCGCCAGACGCGUGCAUCGUAGAUGGAUGCUGUCCCACGAGCUCUGCUGUGGCAAUGCAUGGCCACGCCCGCUCCAUCUGAUCCUGUCGCCAGAUGAGUGAUGUCGCCUGAGCAAGGGGUCUAUAGAUGUCAGUCCUUUUACUUACACAGGUUGCAGCUUGACUCCCGGAUGUAUCUGAUCAACACCCUUCACGUCACAGUGGAAACGGCCCAUGAGGACAGUCGGGAGAGUCUGACCUCUCUUCCACGUCGAGACACCAUGGGCAGCUUCCUCCCUGACAGCAGCGCCUACCAGCUCCUCACCGUUAUUGGCCAGGGUCUGGACCACUUGAUGACCGUCAACCGGGCCCGAUACAGACCCACCGGGGAGCAUGUGGCCAUACGACGGAUCGAUCUGGAGUCGUGUACAAACGACAUGGUCGCUUACCUGCAGGCCGAGCUGCACGUGUCCAAGUUAUUUCACCACCCCAGCAUCCUGCCCUACAAGAGCAUCUUCAUAGCUGAGAACGAGCUGUGGGUCAUCACCCCCUUCAUGGCCUACGGUUCUGCCAGAGAGCUCGUCAGCACACAUUUCCCUGACGGCAUGAGCGAGCUCACCAUUGCAUACAUCCUACUGGGCAUGCUCAAAGCUCUAGAAUACAUCCACCAAAUGGGAUACGUGCACAGGAGUGUGAAGGCCAGCCAUGUGCUUAUCUCAGCCGAUGGCCAGGUCUGCAUGUCGGGCCUGCGGAGCAUCUUCAGUCUGUUCCGACACGGCCAGAGAGCCAAGGUGGUGCAUGACUUCCCGCAGUACAGCGUCAAGGUGCUGCCUUGGCUCAGCCCUGAGGUGCUGCAGCAGAACCUGCAGGGCUAUGACUUCCGCUCAGACAUCUACAGUCUGGGCAUCACAGCCUGCGAGCUGGCUAACGGACACGUCCCCUUCAAAGACAUGCCAGCCACGCAGAUGCUGCUGGAAAAACUAAACGGAACGGUACCAUGCUUGCUGGACACCACCACUAUCCCACCAGAGGAGCUGUCCAUGAAGCCGUCCCGCUCCGGAGCAGACUCCGGGAUCUGCGAAGGGCCCGUAGGGGGCGGAGUCCGUCAUUCCAAUGGCGAGCCCGCCUCCUCAUCGUCGGCGGGGCACCCGUACAACCGCACGUUUUCCCCGCACUUCCACGCCUUUGUUGAGUUGUGUUUGCAACGAGACCCGGAGAAACGACCGUCUGCCUCAGCUCUCAUAGGUCAUCCUUUCUUCAAGCAGAUCAAGAGGCGUCCCUCAGAGGCGCUGCCCGAACUCUUGAGGCCCGCCUCGCCCAUCAGUAGCUCGGAGAGCUCCCAGCUGCAGCCCUCCCCGUCUGGACUGGCCAGUCUGGAAUCAGGUCUUAGCCAUCUGGAUGUGGACGACUGGGACUUCUGACGUUAGCGAGGAGAGACAUUUCUGUCGCGUUGCUCCGUGUAAAGAAAUCAACAUUACUCUGCUUGGAGGUUAAGACCUGGACAAUCGCCACAUUGCUGCUUUUGACGUCACCAGGUUUCUGAUGUUUGCUCACAAAAUCCAACAGGAGACGCUCUAAUACUCACUCAUCAUAGCCUGUGACAGCAAGUCGUCACCUCAAACUUGAAAACUUCCGGAGGAGUCCGCAUGCGUAUGCAUGUCCCUAAAUGGCCGUGUGCAUGAAUGUUACAUUGGCUUGACAGCGGGGGCAAAGCUUAGUGCUGCAAGCUGAACCUGACAAUAAAGUGAUGUUUCCACUUGACAGGUCCACACAGCUAAGAUGUUUCUUUUCUACAAAAUACAACUUUAUUCAAAAUGUACACAGACAAAGACAGCAGGGGACAACGAGGGAAAGCUAAUCUUCUUCAUCUGAUGGUGGCAGAUCGCCGGCGGCUUUGCGUUUCUCUAUCUUUGCCAUCAAUUCUGAAAAUAGAACACGUACGUGAAACAUGACCUCUUGUGCAGUGCCAGCUCAGUUCUGAGGGGCUCACCCUUGGCUGGAUUGAAGACGCCGUUGGUCUGAGUGUUGCACACGUAGCAGCGCUUGGACUUGCGGUAAUGCUGAAGAGCGCAGGCCUCACAGAAGUAAUGGCGGCACCUAGUAGGAGUGGACUGCUUAGAACUUUAUAGUACUGAUGUCGUCUGUACGGGGUUAAGAAAAGUAGCCGCUUACUUUGUGAUGAUGGGACUCUUGUAGGACUCCCUGCAGAUGAAGCACUUAAAGGGCAGGUCCUCCUCAUCACUGCUCACCUCAUAGUUCUCCUCUUCUACAUGACAGCACAAUGUUGACUCCAUAAGAAAACACUUGUUUGAUUUCACAGCAGGAAGACUUGAGCUCACCGUUUGCGCCGUAUCUGCCCUCCUCCAGCUCCCUUUCGAUCUGCCAGCCGUGCUUGUAGUCGGACCUGUCGUGAAGGAACUUGCAGCUGUCUGAGAUAAGAAGAUCAAUAUGAAAGAUCUCACACGCCAGCUGUUUUAAUGAUCUCCUUUUACCUCCAAAACCGCAGAAACCCGUCUCCUUGUAGUCUUUGCAGAUGUCUGGCUGGUAGUCCCACCUGACUGUGGCUCGCAGGUGUUCAGGGGCUCGGAUCGGGCCUUUCCUGUUAACACAAGAAAAGGAGGUGGUAAGUGUUGGCUACACAAUAGUGGUGGUAACGCGGACAACGUCUCUGCUCACCUGACCAUGCCUGAGGAUGCGUUGCCCAUGGUGGUGUCUUUUGGUUUGAUAUAUUUCUGGUAGUUGUUGAUGCCACGGUAGAUUUUAUCGUCCUCUUUGCCCUCCAGCUCCUGUCAUCAUCCAGCAAGCCCAUUUUAGUCACACUUCAAUGCGUUCUCACAGAAUAUAUCAAAAGAUUUCAGAAAUAGUCAACUACAUCAUUGGUUCCUGAACUUUUUACAGUCGCAUACCCCUUCAGACAUUUGACAAGUAGCACCUACUCCUGCACACUUAAAAAAAAAAAAAAAGCUUUUUAUUUCAAUUAACUUGAAAUAUGCCCGCUGGACUGUGUGUGGAUUGGAGCACCACUAUAAAUGGUAAAGAUUAAACACUCUUAAUGCACAAAAUAAUCAAACUUGUUUGCUCUGCUCCUUUCGCUG